GCAAGAAUGUCUGACACCUGGGUCGCCAGCCUCUUGCUGCUUGGCCUGCUGGCCAGCCUCCAACAGGCUGCAGCCACAUGUGGUCUCUUCUUCACCUGCCCUAAGGGAUUCAAAUGCUGUGGGAGCAGCUGUUGCCAAGAGUACCAGCCGGAGCAGUUCGAGUUCUUCUCCGGUCCCUUAAGGAUUUUUGUCAUCAUCUUCCUGAUCAUCAUACCCCUCUUGUGCAUCUGCGGCCUGGCUAAGCACUUGUAUCUCAACUGCAGAAAGUCAGAGCAGGAGGCCCCAACAGCCCCCCCGGAACAGCCCCCCAUUGCUCCUGUAGAGAGGGUCACAGCACCCGUUUCUGAGCCCCCACCCCCCUACAGUGAGAUAAUUCUGAAGCCUGUCCUGGGUCUGCCUCCCUUGGAGCCGCCCCCACCCUACAGCUUCAGGCCUGAGGAAUAUGCCGGGCUACGCAGAGGCAUCGACAACUCCACCUUCUGAUUCACCUCCUGCCUGGAACCCUGUCAUCAGCUACCUCCCCAGUGCCUCCUGGGUCAAGCCAGAGACUCUCAGGAGCCCUGGAGCACCCUCGCCCAUUCUGCCACACCUCUGGCAGUUCUUGGCUUUAAAUUAUUGCUUUUCUACCCUUGUUCCAUGCCAGUUGCUUCUCUUGUCUCAAGGGCUGGUCUGGAGUGACAUGUCCACCCCUCACCUCCCAUUAUACGUUAGAGGCUGCCAGGAGGAAAAUGUGAACAGUUGGAGGUGCCCAGCAGCGGAAUGGGCUGCUCUGAGCAGUGGAGGAGUCUGCACCCUGGGGUACCAGCAUGGGCCUGG